GAACAUUCCGCAUGGACCGGAACUGACGCAGUUAACAAGCACUCCAAAGCGGCGGUGCAGUUUGCGUGCGUGUAUUUGCUAUAAUAAACUAAGUUAAAUUAAGCCGUGUCUAAUGAAAAAGUAAGCCUUUAUUAUAAAACAUUAAAUCGGAGAUAAGAUGGCAGCGAAACGUAAAUCGGAUGUAACGGUUCCUGCUGAGGAAAGUGACCAACUCCUCAUCCGGCCAUUGGGAGCUGGCCAGGAGGUAGGACGGUCCUGCAUCAUCGUGGAGUUUAAAGGACGAAAGAUCAUGUUGGACUGUGGGAUCCACCCUGGGCUGGAAGGGAUGGACGCUCUCCCAUACAUUGAUCUGAUCGAUCCUGCGGAAAUAGACCUGCUGCUGAUCAGCCAUUUCCACCUGGACCACUGCGGGGCGUUGCCAUGGUUCCUCCAGAAGACCAGCUUCAAGGGGCGGACCUUCAUGACCCACGCCACCAAGGCCAUCUACCGCUGGCUGUUGUCCGACUACGUCAAAGUCAGCAACAUAUCCGCGGACGACAUGCUGUACACUGAGACGGAUCUGGAGGAGAGCAUGGAGAAGAUCGAGACCAUCAACUUCCACGAGGUGAAGGAGGUGGCCGGCAUCAAGUUCUGGUGCUACCACGCCGGGCACGUCCUGGGGGCGGCCAUGUUCAUGAUCGAGAUCGCUGGCGUCAAGCUGCUCUACACCGGAGACUUCUCCAGACAGGAAGACAGACAUCUUAUGGCUGCAGAGAUCCCCAGCGUCAAACCAGACAUCCUCAUCACUGAGUCGACCUAUGGAACUCACAUCCAUGAGAAGAGGGAGGAGCGCGAGGCCCGCUUCUGCAACACAGUGCAUGACAUCGUCAACAGAGAGGGCCGCUGCCUCAUCCCCGUGUUCGCCCUGGGACGUGCCCAGGAGCUGCUGCUCAUUCUGGACGAGUACUGGCAGAACCACCCGGAGCUCCACGACAUCCCCAUCUACUACGCCUCGUCCCUGGCCAGGAAGUGCAUGGCCGUGUACCAGACGUACGUCAACGCCAUGAACGACAAGAUCCGCAAGGCCAUCAACGUCAACAACCCCUUCGUCUUCAAGCACAUCAGCAACCUCAAGAGCAUGGACCACUUCGACGACAUCGGGCCCAGCGUGGUGAUGGCGUCUCCGGGUAUGAUGCAGAGCGGCCUGUCCCGGGAGCUGUUUGAGAGCUGGUGCACCGACAAGAGGAACGGAGUCAUCAUUGCCGGUUACUGUGUGGAGGGAACCCUGGCCAAGCACAUAAUGUCCGAGCCGGAUGAGAUCGCCACCAUGUCUGGUCAGAAGCUGCAGCUGAAGAUGUCCGUGGACUACAUCUCCUUCUCCGCCCACACAGACUACCAGCAGACCAGCGAGUUCAUCAGGGCCCUCAAACCCCCUCACGUGAUCCUGGUCCACGGGGAGCAGAACGAGAUGGCCCGUCUGAAGGCGGCUCUGAUCCGGGAGUACGAGGACAACGAGGACGUGCACAUCGAGGUCCACAACCCCCGUAACACAGAGGCCGUCACGCUCAACUUCAGGGGAGAGAAGCUGGCCAAGGUGAUGGGAUCCCUGGCAGAUAAGAAGUGUAUCCAGGGACAGAGGGUGUCUGGCAUCCUGGUGAAACGCAACUUCAACUACCACAUCCUGUCGCCCUCAGACCUCUCAAACUACACAGAGCUGGCCAUGGGCACGGUGAAGCAGACCCAGGCCAUCCCCUUCACAGGCCCCAUCUCCCUGCUGGUCAGCCAGCUCCGCAGUCUAGCCGGAGACGUGGAGCAGCUCGAGGGGUCCGAGAAGAUCACCGUGAAGAUCUUCAAGAGCAUCACCAUGGUGCAUGAGUCGGGCAUGGUGGUCCUGGAGUGGCUGGCCAACCCGCUCAACGACAUGUACGCAGACGCAGUAACCACGGUGAUCCUGGAGGUCCAGUCCAACCCCAAGGCCCAGAGAUUCGUUGAUGCCAAGAAGGAGGGCGUGGACAUAGUGGUGUUUCUGGAGCGUCUGGAGCUCAUGCUACAGGACAUGUUUGGCGGGGACUGCGUGCAGUUUGAGAACAAACAGCUGCGCGUGACCGUGGACGGCUGCACCGUCAACAUCGACCCGGUGACGCGCGCGGUGGGAUUCGAGGAAGGUGGCGACGACGAGACCUUCAGGGAGAUGGUGGACGUGGCCGUACAGAGGCUCUAUGAUGCUCUCAACCCAGUCUUCUGAUGAUGUGGCGGCCAGUCACUGUGUAGCCAGUCUGCGUCACUGGUGUUAAAACCUCCAAACAUCCUGAUCCUCCUCAUUCCAGUUUGUUUAGCGGUUGCCUUGUCAAACAAAGAUAGCAUCUUUGUUUAAACAAAAUGGUUCCAAAGGAAUCCGUUUCUUGCAGCUUUUUGUAAUUUUUUCUGUCUGUAAAAAUAGUUUGUUUUUUUCUAUGAGAAUAAAAGAUCAGGUGCCAACAAAUAAA